AUGGACACCCACGAAUCCCACGAUGUUACCAUCACCUACAGCAGGUACCGCGAUAUGGAGCGGCCCGAGGUUAUUGACGCCAAGCUGGCGCAAUCGGACAACGAGUUGCUCGCACAAAUCGGCUACAAACAGGAACUGAAGCGUAAAUUUUCCACGCUCCAGGUUUUUGGUGUGGCUUUCAGUAUUAUGGGACUGCUCCCAUCGAUUGCCAGUGUGCUGGCUCAGGGUCUUACCGGAGGAACCAUCACGCUGGUUUGGGGAUGGGCAAUUGCGUCCACGUUUGUUUUGUUUAUUGCAAUCAGCAUGGCAGAGCUUGGUAGCAGUUUGCCAACCUCGGGUGGUCUGUUCUACUGGACAUAUUUCUAUGCUCCAGAGAGAAUCAGAGUGUUCCUCUCGUACUUGGUUGGAAACACCAACUCGGUCGCCCUGGUUGGUGCCUUGUGUUCUGUCGACUACGGUUUUGCAGGUGAAGUUCUUGCUGCUGUCUCGAUCUCCAAAGACGGAGACUUUGACAUCACCUCUGGAAAAACAUACGGCGUGUACGCUGCAUGUGUGGUGUCGCACAUCGCCAUCACCUGUUUUGCGUCGGGCUUUGUGUCCAGACUCCAGACGUUCUCGAUCGUCUGUAAUUUGGGUCUGAUUGUGCUCUUCUUCAUUGCUCUGCCUAUUGGUUGCAAAACCAACGGAGUUGACUUCAACAAGGGUUCCUUUAUUUUUGCAGACAACGAAAGGUUCAGCAACUGGUCGCCAGGGUUCAACUUCGUCAUGAACGGGUUCAUGCCGGCCGUCUGGACCAUCGGUGCUUUCGACUCGUGUGUCCACAUGUCCGAGGAAGCCAAAGAUGCCUCACACGGUGUUCCAAUUGGUAUCAUUGGUUCUGUGUCCGCUUGUUUCGGACUUGGAUUCUUCAUCUGUAUCGUCAUUGCCGCAUGCAUGGGCCCAGAUGUCAAUGCUAUUCUUUCCUCCGAGUUCGGUAGCCCAAUCGCCCAGAUCAUCUACAACGGACUGGGAAAGAACUGGGCCAUUGCGUUCAUGUCUCUUAUCGCCUUCUGCCAAUGGUUGAUGGGCGCCUCCAUUCUGACUGCCAUCUCCAGACAGAUCUGGGCUUUUGCCCGAGACGAUGGACUGCCAUUCGCCCCAAUUGUCAAGGUGGUCAACAGAAAGCUCUCCACUCCAAUCAGAGCUGUCGUGUACGGAGGAAUCCUCGCUCUUUUGCUUGGAUGUCUCUGUCUGAUCGGCACGACCGCCGCCAACGCUCUUUUUUCCCUGUAUAUUGCCGGAAACUACUUCUCUUGGGGUACUCCAAUCUUCCUCAGACUCACCACUGGUAAGCACAAGUUUGUUCCUGGAAAGUUCUACACCGGAGACAUAAUGUCACCAAUAAUAGGAUGGACCAACUGCGCGUUCAUCACAUUCAUUAUUGCGCUCGUGAUGUUCCCUGCCAACCACGGGGUGGACUCGGUCACCAUGAACUACACCGUUGUGAUCACACCAGGAACCAUGAUAAUUGCUGUGCUAUACUACAUUUUCUACGCCAAGGGAAAAUACCAAGGUCCGAAGAGUAACUUGUCUGAGCCAAGCAUUAUACACGAAGGGGACAAGGUCAACGACGACGAAGAGGUUUAUGUGGUUCAUCCCCUCGAAAGCGUCCGGUCUCACGCUGACGAGAAGAAUCUGCUGAGAGAGAUCGCCUCGGGAGAGCUGAAACCAGUGCUGUCAACGACUCACAGAGUGGUCGACCAGGAGAAAGCCACUCCACCUCCUUACGAUGCUUGA